UCAGGCCCGGCCCAUAGUACGCGCCACCUCCACGAGUCCAAUCAUAACGCAGGGAAUGCCUCCCCCUUCCUCCCUCCCUCCCUUCAUCCAUCCAUCCUCCUACAACACGACGCACAGAGCAACAUCCACGUUUCGAUUCGAGCCGGUGGAUGAAUUAACUCUCACAGCGGAGUUUGAGAGACUGCUGUCCGCUCCUGGACUCACUAACCGAGGUUUUGUGGACCUGAAGGCGUCUUUUGCCAGGAAUAAAGGCGGAGGACACUGAAAAAAGAAACACCAGAAGGAGAAGAGACUUUUUCUCACAUCACAUCCUCCUCCAAACUCUCCUCGCUGCUCUCCAUCAUCUUCACAGCUUCACCACGAUGAAGCAGAAGGAAGACCUGAACCCCAUGCUGCUGCUCCUCUUCCACCUCAUGGUCUGGAUCUACUCCUUCAUCACCUUCCUGCCUUCCUUCCUCCUCAGCUGGUUCUCCUCGCCCGACGGGGACAUCUACGGGUCCGAGGCUGACCGAGCCAAGAGGGCAAAAGCCCGGUCUGUGCUCGGACGCCCAGAGGGACCUUACAGAGCGGUGAGCGCCAUGAAGAGGCUGGGGACGUCUCUGCACCUGGGGAUGGACACCCUGGAUAAGAUGUUUGAGUUUGCGGCCACCAGGUUUCCACACAGGGACUGUCUGGGGACGAGGGAGGUGAUCAGUGAGGAGGAUGAGCGGCAGUGCAACGGGAAGGUGUUCAAGAAGGUGGUUCUUGGUGAGUACCGCUGGAUCACCUAUGAAGAGGUCCUCACAGCAGCGUCACAGCUGGGCAGUGGUUUGGCUUCACUGGGUCAGCGGCCCAAAAACAACAUCGCCAUCUUCUGCGAGACACGAGCAGAGUGGAUCAUAGCCGCCCAGGCCUGCUUCAUGUACAACUUCCCAUUGGUCACCCUUUACUCCACACUGGGAGGUCCGGCUAUCGCUCACGGACUGAAUGAGACUCAGGUCACCCACAUCAUCACCAGCAGAGAGCUCCUGGAGACAAGACUGAAGGCCAUCCUGCUUGAGGUCCCGAGGCUGCAGCAUAUCAUCGUGGUGGACAGCACGCCGACCUCAUGGCCCAGCUACGCACGUGGCAUCAGUGUCCACAACAUGGCUGCUGUUCAAAAGCUGGGGGCCAAACCUGAGAACGCAGGUCGUGAGCGAAAGCAGCCGCUGCCCUCAGACAUCGCCGUCAUCAUGUACACCAGCGGAUCCACCGGCAUACCAAAGGGGGUCGUGAUCUCACACAGCAACAUCAUCGCUGGCAUCACAGGCAUGGCCGAGCGGAUACCCAACCUGUGUGAGGAGGACACCUACAUUGGCUACCUGCCACUCGCACACGUGUUGGAGCUCAGUGCAGAGCUCGUGUGUGUUUCUUACGGCUGCAGGAUCGGCUACUCGUCACCUCAGACUCUAGCUGACCAGUCAACAAAAAUCAAGAAAGGAAGUAAGGGAGACACCAGCGUCCUGCAGCCCACCCUGAUGGCAGCUGUUCCGGAGAUCAUGGAUCGAAUCUAUAAAAACGUGAUGAUGAAGGUGGAGGAGAUGAACUGUGUCCAGCGAACGCUCUUCAUUCUUGCAUAUAACUACAAACUGGAGCAGCUUUGCAAAGGAUACAGCACACCUCUGUGUGACAAGCUGGUGUUCAGGAAAAUCCGCGCUCUCCUGGGAGGUCAUAUAAGAGUCUUACUUUCAGGUGGAGCGCCGCUCUCCGCCGCCACGCAACGCUUCAUGAACGUGUGUUUCUGCUGCCCGGUGGGUCAGGGAUACGGCCUGACGGAGACCUGCGGGGCCGGAACUAUUAGUGAAUUGUGGGAUUACAGCACUGGGAGAGUGGGAGGGCCACUGGUGUGCUCUGAGAUCAAGCUCAAAGACUGGGUGGAGGGUGGUUAUCGCAGCACUGACAAGCCACAUCCGAGAGGAGAGAUCCUGGUCGGCGGACCCAAUGUAACGCAAGGAUACUACAAGAGCGAGGCCAAGGCCCAGGAGGACUUCUUUGUGGAUGAAAAUGGUCAGCGGUGGUUCUGCACGGGAGACAUCGGAGAGUUCCACAAAGACGGCUGCCUUAAAAUAAUUGAUCGUAAGAAAGACUUGGUGAAGCUGCAGGCCGGAGAGUACGUGUCCCUGGGGAAGGUGGAGGCCGUGUUGAAGAACUGCUCUCUGGUUGAUAACAUCUGUGCCUACGCUAACAGUGAUGAGACGUACGUGAUCGGCUUUGUGGUGCCCAAUCAGAAGCAGCUACAAGCUCUGGCUGAGCAGUACAGUAUCAGGGGCUCGUUGGAGGAUAUGUGCAAUAGUAAGGCCAUGGAGGAGCUGGUCCUCAAAGUCCUCACUGAAGCUGCUCUGACAGACCAGCUAGAGCGCUUUGAGAUCCCCCGCAAGAUCCGUCUGAGCCCCGAACCGUGGACUCCAGAGACAGGAUUGGUGACUGAUGCAUUCAAGCUCAAACGCAAGGAGCUGAAAAGGCGAUACCUGGACGACAUUGAGAGAAUGUACGGCGGGAAGUAAAAGCGAGUACCAGCACGGCAUGGUUCACUCUCAAAAAACAGACCAACGCCUGACCCUGAACUCUCUCAGCACCUCUAAAUCCCUCCCCGUGAACACAGGAGCCACCAUGACGUGAAUCUUAACACAUAAGAUCUCUCAGAAUGAAGGAAAGGAGGGCGGUAGUGGUUCCAGGUUUAAUUUUUAACUCAAGAGAAGCUGAAAAACGCUCGAAGAAAACACAAAAACUCUCCGUCCACUGAUGCCUUGUCCUGUCCCUGUGCCCAGGUGUAUGACCUCUUACGAGGGAUCUUUGUUUUCACAGAUGUGAGUUAUGAAACAGAUUGUCUGACGUCUUCUGUUGAGCUCCGUCUUAGCAGAAGCUCAGGUUGUGUGGACAGGUUUGUUGCCUCAAAAGGAAAAAAUGAAAAAGCUCAUGUUUGUCCCAGAAUUAACUUUUUUUUAACUUUAAGCUUCCUUAUUUCCUCCUCCUCCUGCCGGUCAGGAGAGGGUUUUUGUUUGCGUGUUUUUAGUUCUGUCAGUGAUUUAUUUUGUUUCCCACCUGCAGUCUGACUUUGACUCCUGUGGUUUCUUGGACGUCUCUCCUCCGUCAGCACUUUGAGACCAAAAGCACACAGUUAUUUGAGGGCAAACGAGAGAAAAUUUGUACCCAUUUUUUAAAGAAAUUUAAAAAAUUGCACCAAUUGUUGUAUUGAAAAGAAAUGAGUAUGCACUGUUUAGUCUGCUGUAUUUUCCUAAAGUGUUGUACUUUUUUAUGUGCUGUACAAACACUGCUUGUAUUACAGACUGUGUAAACGUGUCUUCUUUUGUAAAUCAUAGUGCAAUAUCUAUCAUUUAUGUCCAAAUAAGGUUGUUGAUUACAGAGAGGACAAAAAUAAAACUUUCUCAACGUGCUUUGGUGCGCUGGUUGAAAAAUAAGAGUGCUACAAGUGCAACUUCUUUGUGUUUUGGUGACUUAUUGAUUCAGCAGGACUGAUUUA